AUGUGUCAAUCCCCUAUGCUCGAGUUCCUCCAGGGUCUCCCCAAGUGCGAACACCACGUUCAUCUUGAAGGCACUCUAGAGCCUGAACUGAUUUUCGAUCUUGCCGUACGCCAUGGCAUCACCUUACCCAGCGACCCAGUCUACACCUCAGUAGAGACCCUGAAGAAGCGCUACGAGCACUUCAGCAACCUAGACGACUUCCUGCACUUCUACUUCGAGGGCAUGGCCGUUCUGCGCGAAGAGCAAGACUUCGCCGAUCUGGCGUGGGCUUAUUUCCAAAAAGCGCACGCAGACGGCGUCCACCAUGCAGAAGUCUUCUUCGACCCGCAAGUGCACGAAAGCCGCGGCGUGCCAUACAACACCAUUGUCGACGGCUUCUCCAAGGGCUGCAAGCGCGCAGAGACAGAGCUCGGCCUGUCAACGCGCCUGAUUUUGUGCUUCGUGCGCCAUCUCCCUGUUGCGUCUGCGCAGGAUCUGUACGAUGAGAUGCUCGUUCAUAAGUCUUUUGAGAAUGGUACCAUUCACGGACUCGGUUGGUCUUCUUCUGAGGUCGGCCCGCCGAAGGAUAUGUUCCGUGAGAUCUAUGCUUCGGCUAAGGAGAAGAAUAUUCCCCUCACAGCGCAUGCAGGCGAGGAAGGUGAUCCUACUUAUAUUAGCACGGCGCUUGAGCUUGGUGCCACGCGAAUCGAUCAUGGUAUUCGCUUGAUUGAAGAUGAGGAACUCAUGAAGCGUGUUGCUCGUGAGGGAAUCUUGCUUACUGUCUGCCCGCUGUCGAAUGUGCGGUUGCGUUGCGUCAAGUCUGUGAAGGAGGUGCCUAUUCGGAAGUUUUUGGAGGCUGGGGUCAAGUUCUCGAUUAACAGUGAUGAUCCUGCUUAUUUCGGUGGUUAUAUUCUUGAUAACUACUAUGCUGUGCAGGAGGCAUUCAAUUUGAAUGUCUUGGAGUGGAAGAUUAUUGCUGAGAACAGUGUCCAAGAGAGCUGGAUUGACGAUUCUCGGAAAGCAGAAAUUUUGGAAAGUAUCGAGGCUCAUGUGAAGAAGUACAUGCACACCAUUGCUGCAUGA